AUGAGCAACGGCACGUUCCCCAACAUCGGCGCCGUCGACGCCUUCGCGCGCGCCCUCUUCCGCCGCGCAAAGACUGCGGGCCCCGAGUUCGUAGACAUCGCGACCGUCGUCCGCCGCCUACACACAGUCCUCAAGCACCUCAAGGUCGAAGCCGAGGACCCGGAUUCUCUCCUCAACUCCUCCGGCGCCGCCGUCUACGCCCGCCAGCUCGCCCCGCUCAUCGAGGAUUGCGACUUCGCCCUCAAGCAGCUCGACACCAUCCUCGAAAAGUACGGCGGCAUCGACCGCCUCGAGGAGCGCGAGCGCGACAUGGUCGACAUGAUCCGCACCAAGCUCGCCGCCCAGAAGACAAACAUUGACAUGUUCCUCGACACCGUCCAGCUGCACAACCCCACCAAGGCGCAGCGCGUCGUCGACGAGCAGGGCGGCAACCUCGACAACAUCAAGGACAAGGUCGACGCGAUUGCCGCAAGGCUCUUUGCGCGCAGAGACAGUGGCAUCGGCGGCGACGACGAAGAAGAUCUCUGGCAGCAGUUCAGGACGGAAUUAGAAAAGGAAGGCUUUUCCAAGGAAGUCCUCCGCAAAAACAAGGAGGUCCUCCGCGCCUACAUUCGUGAGCUGGAAGAAUCAACCAGCAACGACGCAACGGCGCCUCCAUCUGUCCGCGGUCUUCUCGCUCAAGAACGCCGUCAAAACGGCGAGACGUACGGGUCUUACGAUGCACCCCGCCGCAUGGCUGACCCGCGCACCUCCGUCCCCAACAUGCCGAACCAAUUCAGCGCUCUCUCGACUUACGACCAUGAUACGGACGACGAGCACAACGACUCUCUCGCCCUCAUCUCCACCCGCGACUUGAUGGUCAUGGACAACAUCAACACGGGCAUGGACAACUUGCGUAUCGGCGGCCCGCCUCUUCAGCACUACAGCAUCUCUCCCUCCGAUGCCUCUCCGUCAACACGCUACCUGCCUCCUGACGUCGCCAACAACCUCGGCGUCUCACCGCGCUUCGUACCUCCCAUCGUUGGUAGUGCUCCUUCUCCCCGGACUUCAUCAAGUCGUCUCGCACCAGACCGUUACGGCAUGAACAUUCCCCUCGAAGCACAAUGGACUCGUAUCCGCCGCGCCCUGGUCUCCCCAGAGAUCCUCGAGCGAGCAGGCGUCCGCUACGAGGCACGCCCAGACUACGUUGCGGUUCUCGGCGUCCUCACCCGCGAGGAAAUCACCAAAUACGCCCGUCUGUCCGCCGAAGCUCGCGCAGCCCGCUCAAGAAACAGACCAAACGCCAACGGCGCCAACUCCAGCCCUCCAUCUCAGCGUAGACGCGGCGACUCCCGCGGCGCCACGUCUUCCUCAGACGACGUCUUGUGGGAUUCCUCCGAUGCCUCGUCGGACUCAAAUUACGACAACAAGCCCAGGAAAAGAGAGGACGGCAAAUACUUCAUCGUCCCGCCUCCAUCCGACAGGGAAAAGGGCACCUCCCCAGCCGCCACCGUCCAACCCAAACCGAUCCUCAAGAACAAGAACGAGAACCGCGUCCACUUCGACCCGGAACCCCACGAGGUCGACGCCACGCCCCGCUCCUACCGCGACGACCGCGACCGCGACCGAGGCGGCGACAGGAGACCCCGCCGCCCGUCUCGCAGGGAACACAGAGACCACGACCGGGACCGCGACCGCGAACGCGACUACAGAGACCGCGACCGCGGCGAGCGCGACUACCACAGGGACCACAGGAGCGACAGGGACAGAGACCACUACCCGCGCCGCGGCCACCACCGCGACCGCGCGGACCGCGACUCCAGGAGAGACAAGAAGAAGGCGUGGGGCGAGACGCUGGGCGCCGUCGGUAUCGGCGGCGCCGCCGCGAGUCUGCUCAGCGUGCUGACCGAGGCCGCGUCCGUCUUGUAG